AUGGGAGCACAAAUUGAAACAGCGGUCGCAACGACUUUUGACCGACGAGUUUAUAAGAAGGGACAAUGUCUAUGCGCAUGCUUCAUCAUAUUCGUCAUGAUUUACAACACUUUAUUGCUCCUCACCUCUUAUUUCGUUGUGAUUCGAACGGAGACGUGCCUUAAUCCUGCUGGAGUAGGACCAUGUCUGAUGGGAACUUGUCCAGGUCCGAAUUUGGUUUGCAUUACCGCUGCUGAUGUGUGCUGCGAUGCGACUCAAGUUAUCCCUGAUCCCACUUUACCACCGGUCACGAAUCCACCUACAACCGCAGCGCCAGUUACUGCUAUUGUAACUGUAGCUACUACUGUACCAACGGUUGCAACGGCAAGAGUUACAAGCGCUACUGUAGCCACUUCAACUUGCUAUGACCGUCUAAACCCUGCGACAAAUCUGUCAGAUUGUCCGAGCAGGGCGUAUUUAUGUCAGAACACUCUCUACUAUGACCUGAUGACUCAGCAAUGUCCGUUGACUUGUGGUAGAUGUACGAGUACGACAACUGCCACAACUGCCUGUGUCGAUAAACUGAAUCCAAAGACAGGAGUGUCCGAUUGUCCAUCAAUGGUAUCAUACUGUAAUAACUCAGUUUACUAUACAUUGAUGACCGACCAAUGUCCACGUACAUGCGGGCGUUGCUCAACGUCAUCUACAUCCUCUACGACGACUACAUGCGUAGACAAAGUGAAUCCAACCACAAACGUUUCGGAUUGUCCAAAUAUGGUAUCGUACUGUAACGAUUCAAGAUACUACACUUUAAUGACUGAGCAAUGUCCGAAGACGUGUGGUCGAUGCAGCAGCACAUCCGUUGUAUCUUCGUCCAGUUCCACAAAUUGUGUCGACAAGCUGAAUCCAUCGACGAACGUUUCGGAUUGUCCCGGUAUGGCCUCUUACUGUCGUGUGACUAGUUAUGUCACAUUAAUGAAGGAGCAAUGUCCUAAAACAUCUGCUAUUCCUGCGAAACCAUUUCGAUGGGGAUUGUUCUGGCUAUUUGGUCAGCGCAAUGAGAAACUUAACGUUGAUACAGUGGAUUCAAUUCAAAUUCAUUACAUUACAAUGAUCGCAUUCGCAUUCGUUCUGCUAGCAUUCGCACCUGUCGUGCAAAUUUUCGCACAGAUUCAAACGUGUCGUGAUGGUGGUGUCGGCCCUUGUAUAAAUGGGACGUGCCAAUUAGCAAGUCAAUUGUGUAUUAACACAACGAUGGGUGAACUUUGCUGUGAAGUUUCGCAGAUCGGCGAUGAAACAACGACAACGGAAACGACAACGGCAGCGGUACAACCGGUGGUUACGGCUGCUGCUUGUAUCGAUUUUGUAAAUCCAAAAACGGGAUUGUCGGAUUGUCCAUCGUUGGCUCGUCUGUGUACUGAUGGAAGGUAUUACGCUGUGAUGGCCGUUCAAUGUCGAAGAACAUGCGGAUUUUGCGAUGGUACUGUCCCAUCGGUAGCAGUGAUUGCAGGAUGUUACGAUUUGGUCAACGUUGCGACUGGAAUCUCCGAUUGCCCUGCACGUGCUGAAUACUGCAAUAGGCCAGCAUAUAGGAAUCUUAUGAAUCUGCAGUGUCCUAGAACAUGUGGACUUUGUUAG